AUGGCCACCAAUAUACCGACUCGCCGUGUGGCGACACGGACGACGACACGCUCGACAUCUGCUGCGGUGAAGGAAAACGAAAAUGCGUUGGCCCGCCCUUCGCGAAUUACCCGCUCAAAGCUGACGGCCACCAGUGGCGCUUUGGCUCCCGCUGGCGGUAUGACGAGGACCACCAUCGCUUCCAGGGCCAAAGCCCUCGCAAACCAAGCUGAGAACAGCGGCAAGCCCACCGACAAUGCCCCCGUCAAGCGCAAGCGCGAGGCGCUUGGUGAAGUGGCUGUGGCUGGGAACCGACCAACACGAUCGACCACCCUCAAGGGCAAGGAGAAGGAGAAUGGCGUCACGGGCAAAGCUGGGGCGAGCGAGAGUGCAGGCAAAGAUAAGUUUGAUGGAGUUGUGAUCAAGACGAAGCCUUUGGCGGUGAGGCAGCCGUUGAGGACGGUUGCCACUCGCCAAGUCGCAUCGACGAGGACCACUAGGGCGGCAGCAGAGAAGGAAAAAGAGAAGGAAAGGGAGAGGGUCCCUGUGAAAGAAAAGGUCAAGGAACCGGCAACGAGCGACCACGCGAUGGCCGUUGAUGCCCCCCAAAUCCCCAGCAUCGCUGUCAGACGUUCCGAAGUCGUCAAAGACCAGAAGGUCAUGGGUCCCAAACGUCAUGGAUCCCAGCGCGCCCUUCGACCAACCCAACCAAAGAUUGAAGAGGAAGAUGAAGAAGAGCAAGAGCGCGUUUUCAAGAAGAGGAGGACCAGCUCAGACGCACCCGAACCAGAGCCCAAGAUUGAAGAGCCUCGAGUGGAGGAACAAGACCCUGAGGCGUUGUUGAUGGCCAGGCUCGAGGCUGAGAUGGAGGCGUUCGCCAACGAGCCCGAACACGACCCCGAAACAUCUGCUUGGGAUGACUUGGAUGCGGACGACGGCGAUGACCCUCUCAUGGUCAGCGAAUACGUCGGGGAGAUCUUCAAUUACAUGAAGAAGUUGGAGUUGACGACCAUGGCGAACCCCAAUUACAUGGAAAGUCAGAAAGAGCUUGCCUGGAAGAUGCGUGGCAUUCUCACCGACUGGCUUGUUCAAGUCCACGUCCGUUUCCGCCUCCUCCCCGAAACCCUUUUCCUCUGCGUGAACAUCAUUGACCGCUUCCUCUCCGCGCGCGUCGUCUCGCUUGCCAAGCUCCAACUUGUGGGCAUCACAUGCCUCUUCAUCGCCUCUAAGUUUGAGGAAAUCGUCUCUCCUGGUGUUUCUCACUUCCUCAGCGUCGCCGACUCGACAUAUACCGAGGCUGAGAUCCUCCAAGCCGAGCGAUACGUCUUGAAGACCCUCGACUGGAAUCUCAGCUACCCCAAUCCUGUCCACUUCUUGAGACGGGUCAGCAAAGCGGACGACUACGAUGUUGCAGUCCGCACGGUGGGCAAGUACCUCUUGGAGAUCGGGUGUUUGGAGUGGAGGUUGAUCGCUGCCCCACCCUCGUUGAUGGCUGCUGCUGCCAUUUGGUUGGCAAGGUUGGCCAUGGGCCAUGAAGAAUGGACCCCCAACCUUGCUCACUAUUCGAGCUACAGGGAGAGUGCUCUCGUCCCCACCGCCAACUUGAUGUUGAAUUAUAUUCUCAAGCCGAUCAAGCAUGAGGCGUUCUUUAAGAAGUACGCUGGAAAGCGUUUCUCCAAGGCCAGCGUCUACAUGCGCGAAUGGGCGUUGAGCCAGUGGCCCGAGAACAGCCAGGUCGAUUUGGGGAAGGAGCUUCCCAGAAUCAAGGCGUCGAUCAAGCUGCAGCGGGAGGCAGAGGAGUUGGCCCUGGCUCGUGCUGGGAAUAGCGAGGCAGAGUUUUUUGAAGGCGAGACGUUCGCCAAGCCCCGCGCUCGUUGAACGAUGAACCCUACUCGCCACUGGUUCCUUCAUGUCCAGUAAUACGACUCCAGCAUUCGCUUCACCGUUAUCUCGGCGCUUUCCGACCUGCAUGCCUUCCCAUUUUUCUGUUCGAUUAUCAUCUUUCCAUCUUUGUGAUAUUAGCUCUCUCAUCGACAACUUACAACCAAUUCAAGUUUUUCAAGUCUCGAAUCCAUCUGCUAUUCCCUGUCAUUCCGACGUCCAGCUGUGCACCUUGCAUCGUUCGGACUCGGGGCCUUUCCUUCGUUGUCCACCUUCAAGCUAUCUAUUGCGCUCGGUAUCGCUGUUCGUCGGUGGGAAUGUCCAAAGCUGCCAGCAUCUUCGUUUCCCACUCCCUGAAGGGUCUUUUGCGACGCGCCUUCCCGGUGGACCAAUGGACAGACUACUAAUUAAGCCGCCAGUGCGUGUUUUGUGGAGAAGUUCAGUAGUAGUAAAGUUCUUUUUUGCCUGGUUACUUAUCUACUCUACCGUACUGUAUACUGAAUUCCAAAGCAGAAGUGCAUUUGUAUAGGAAAGCAUCCAUCGUCGUCGUGGUAUUGGCAUAGUCAUGUUCAUUUGUACAAUUAGA